AUGGCUUCAGCCAGUGGAACAUUUUGUGGUGUAUGUGAAACCCAAUACGUGGUGAAAGAAGCCGUCAUCUGGUGUCCUGAAUGCGAUGAAGGAUUAUGCUUAUCAUGUGAAAAGCACCAUCAAGCUUCCAAAACCUCAAAAAAUCAUGAAAUAACUUCAGUAAAGGAUUAUCGACAAAUACCGUCAUCCAUAACAAGUAUAACCCAAUAUUGCUCAGACCAUGAGAAAAGGUAUCAGCUCUACUGUUCCCAGCAUGAAAAACUCUGUUGUCCGCUUUGUAUUUCAAGAAAUCACAAAACAUGUGAAUUGGUGGCAAUUGAUGAUAUUGUCAAAACGUCGAAGACUUCAGCAUUAUUUGACAUUAUGGAACAAAGUUUACAAGAUAUGAAGGGAAACAUAGGAAGAAUAGUAGAAGACCGGAAACUGAAUAUGGAGAAAAUUCAACAACAGCGACAGACAUUCCAGACAGAUAUACAAAAGAUACGUGAUAAAAUAAACAAGCACCUAGAUAAACUUGAAAAUGAAAUACAACAGGAUAUCCGAGAAGCGGAAAAGAAAGUCCAAUCACAAAUAGAAAGACUUCUUUCGACAUUUUACGACCAUGAGAAGUCAUUAGAUGAGCUUCAGAAGAAUAUUUUGGCGACGAAAAGUUUUGCAACUGACCUUCAAACAGUUCUUGGCGGUAAAAUGUUAGAGGCAGAGAUCCAAAGAAAAGAGAUGAUUAUGCAGUCUUUAAUAGAAGAUGGAAGCCUACAACAAAUACAAUUACAAUGUAUAAUUGAUGACAAGAUAUCUGACAUACUCUCAAUCAUCAAGUUUGGAGAGAUAUCAAUUAUAGCAAAUCCACCGACGAUCACCUUGACGAUGACUAGAGACAAACAAGCUCAACAAAUGGUACAAACGAUAUCAAAAACAAUCAAUGACAUCAAUCCUACUUUAUUUGAGAUAGUAAAAGAGGGGAUAACAAGUGGAAUCACGGGCUGCACUGUCAUGCCUACUGGGAAAAUGGUGUUUGUAGAUAAUGACAAUAAUCGUCUUGUAAUCCACAAUGAAAACGGAUUAAUUGAUUUUGAAAUACCUGUAGCACGUAGGCCUGUAGAUGUUACAUGUAUUGAUGAAAAUACCGUCGCUGUAACGCAUCAUGAAUGGAUUUAUUAUAUAGAAAUAAUCAACAUCGCCAAUAAAACGAUUGUUAAAAGGAUUAAAACAUCAAAUGUCUGCUACGGCAUUACAAAUAACAAUGGAAAAUUAAUAUAUUAUGAAACAGGAAGUGGUAUUUUAACAGUAGACGUCAAUCAUGAAAGUACUAUCACUACAGUAGUUAAAGUCGAUGUCAAGCAGCAUUGGAACUAUGUUACAGCUGCAAAAGACAAAAUUUACCAUACAAACCCCGUCACAGAUACCGUCACAUGCUACACAGUCACAGGACAGAAGGUUUGGGAAAAAAACGAACCAAUUUUGAAAAUAAUUCGUGGAAUAGCAAUUGACAACGAUUCCAAUUUGUAUGUGGCAUCUAAGGGGAGAAACAAUGUCGUCGGACUUUCACCAGACGGAAGGCACGCCCGUGAAUUGUUAGGAAAAGAAGACGGGGUUGAUGAGCCUGUUGGUGUCUAUUUUGACCAAGGAAGAAAAAUUCUACUUGUUAGUAACCACCUUUGUGGAACAGCCUUUUUGUAUAACAUUUAA